AUGCAAAAUUUUGUCGAUAAAAACUCAAAUAUGAGCAUCCACUCCUAUCGUUACCCCAAUCGACGAAGAUAUUUAUAUGCAAUAUGUUUUCUAUUCGUUGGAUACGUAUUUGUUAUUUUUCGUACUGAUAUUUUACCAUUUCUAAAAUUCAAAUUCAAAGGAAUUAACAAUGAAGCGCAUUAUGUCCCUGUAACACUUAAAGCAUUGAAUGUUUCAGAAGUAAAAUCAACGGAUCCGUUUGAGUUAAAAUUAUUGCCACCGUCAGCAAUGGAAUCAUUGCAUUUGUUGGAAAUAAACAAAACUUAUAGUUAUGAACAUUUUACUAAAUGGAACCGAUCAUUAUGUAGUAAUGAAUCAGACCGUCGUGGACCACAUCAAAAAGUAAUCAGCAUUUCAAUUUAUGGAUCAACAUCUAAAUAUACCGAUAAUCCAAUGUUUAGCUGGGAUAAAUCUAUAUUACCAUUUUUAAUACCACUUGCUGCCGAAGUUCAAACACUGUUACCAUCAUGGAUUAUUCGUCUCUAUAUUGAUUAUGCUGGUAGUUUAAAAUCUCAACGAGAAUCUCUUAGUAAUUUCUCAAAUGUUGAUCUAUGUGAUAUACAUAAUAUACCUAUGUUUGGUUCAUCACUAUCGGUAUAUUUACCGGGUAAAAUGUGGCGUUUUCUACCAGUAUUUGAUCCAUUUGUUGAUUUUUUUCUAUCACGCGAUCUUGAUUCACCAGUUAUGAAACGUGAAACGGAAACAAUUGAAUUAUGGGAAUCUAAUGAAGAGAGAAAUAGUAUCUUUCAUAUUGCACGUGAUCAUAGAUAUCAUGAUAUACCGAUAUUAGGUGGACUUUGGGGUGCAGCUCCUAUGCGUGCUCGGCAUUAUUUAUUUUAUACUUUUCGACCAAUGCUUGUACCAUCCAUUGCUCGUCGAUAUAAUGGCUCGGGUGAUCAACUAUUUCUCUCAGAAAUUAUUUGGGCGAAAGUUAAAGCGCAUUCAUUGAUAUUUGAUAGCUACUCGUGUAAGGCAUUUGGUGGUCGACCAUUUCUUUCUCAGCGACUACCGUCUACAACUAAUUGUUUUCUCGGAUGCAUACGACCAUGCUGUCUCAAUAUAACCAGUGCAGCUUUCGAUGCAAAAUAUUUUAUUUGUCCGAAAAUUUGUCGGCCAAAAGAUCAUCAGGAUUGGAUCUAUUGUUAA